UUGUCAAGCAUGAGAAAACUUAAUUACACAAGUUUUGUUUUGUUAUAGAUGCACUCAGAAUUUAAUAAAUCAGCGGUGAGUGGCUUGCAGAUGUACUAAUUAAACGACGCGUUCGUUUUUAAAAAGGAAAAAAAAAUCCAUAUCAAGAUGCCGGCUACAUUUGGCUUGCUAUUUAAACACAAUGUUCAAAUCGAAUUGGCUCUAUGGAAGCGCACUGUAUUCGAAUGCAUUAUCAUAUUCAUAAUGCUGAUUGUAAUACUAGAAAAUCCCAUUUCACAUUCAAAGAGAUUGCUCUAUAGCCGCACCGAUUAUGAGGGAGACAGGACCAUCGUAUCCCAUAAGCUGGAUGAUCUUAAUAUACUCACGAGUCUGGUCGACUCAAAGCGGGAACAAACCAAAUACAAGCUAGCCCACUCACCCAAUACGAAAUUUGUGUCAGAAGUAAUCCAGGAAGUUGCUACAAAACUGGAAUUGAAUGGAUCCGUUGGUUUUGAUAACGCUGGGGCCUUACAAAAUCAAUUCGAUGAGCGCACCAUACUUGCCGGUGUGAUUUUUAAGAAUAUUGAUAUAGACGAUGAAAUGGUGCCAAAGGAACUUUCAAUUUCCAUACGAUUCCCCAGCGAAUUUCGUACGCUCAGCCCGUUUCUAACUGAAGAUCGUCUAUGGCUGACACGGUGCUCUGGCGUUGUAAAUCCAAAGCGGGAUAAUUCCAAGGAUUCCGAAAUUAAUCAGGAUAUUUACAUACGUGAAGGAUUCCUUCAGUUACAACAUCUAAUAUUUUUAGAAUGGUUCCACAAGCUUCGAACUCAAAAUCCUUCAACCGCUACGGAGCCUCGAACAGAAGUUUUUAAUGUACGACUCCAUGAGGCAGCUGAACGCUGCUCUACUAUGGACUUAUACACUGUUCCGUCUUUUCUAUUUAAUUUUCUCUUUCUGUUGCCAUUCAUAAAUAUCAUACGGAAUAUUGCCGGACAACUGAAGGACAACGUAAUGACGCAUCAAUGGCACUACGGAUAUCGGUUCAUGACACAAUACUGUUGUAUUGUCCUCGUGUUAAUGAUACGUCUCCUGGUUCUGGUACUUUUCGUGAUGCUUGUCACGUUUGUGUGGUGGUCAGUCGAAGAUGGCAUCUUUUCUGGAAUAGCAUUGAUUCUAAUGAUUCUCUUUGUGCUCAUCUUCACCUUCGAGCUGGUCAUAACGGCCAUCGUGUUUGCCAAGAUCUUUAAAAACGUAAUCAAUGCUGUGCUCUUUGCGAUCGUUAUUUGGCUGUUCAAUUAUGCCGUUUUUGGGGUUAUCCUGAAACGGUAUUGGGACGUACAUGGCCACUAUGCGCUCUUCAUACUGAUGGUAUUCUUUAGCAACCAAAUACCGUACAGCAUGCAACUGUUUCAUCGGAUCAUUGACGAGCCACAGACGAUCGCGGCCUAUGAUAUUGGUGCACUCUACAUAUCUGCCAUUGUCUGUGCAUUGAUAUACAUCACGUUGCUGGUCCUCCUGCAGUGGCGAAUGCCAGGACGUCUAAUCAGCCGGCGUAUGUUGUAUAAGCGGCGGCGCAAGGAAAUGGAAAUUGAUAAUACAUUAAUUCAUCUUGGACGAUUACCGAGCUGGCACAAUUUCGAGUUCGGCGAUGUGGGUAGCAAGGAAGUAAUCCGAUUGCGUCAUGUGUACACAACGCAUAGCACCUCGGAGCGCAAGAUAUUGAAGAACAUCUCAAUGCGCAUCUAUACGGGUGAGGUCUAUGUGCUUUUGGGUCAUAUUGGAUCCGGUAAGCUGACACUGCUGCGCGUCAUUUGUGGACUCAAGUAUGCGAUUCGCGGCUCGGUGCAUUAUAUGGGAGAGGAUUUUUAUAACGAUAUGAAGAAACAUCGAAAAUUAGUCGAUUUCCGCAGCGAAGAGAACGGCCUUUGCCCGCAUUUGUCGAUAGAGCAGACCAUUAACUAUCACGUGCGACUGAAGCUCAAUAACCAGAAUUCCGAUAGUUACAAUCUUGAGCGGAACAAGUGGAUUGCAAUCCUCGAGACACAUGUCGAUAAUCGUCGAACACGAAUUAACAAUCUCACCUAUGGGGAACGUCGUCUGGUCGCCCUUUGCUGCGCCCUGGCUGGCGAUACAAAGGUAAUCGUCUUCGAGGAGCCCACCCAGGACAUGACGGCACACGAGGCUCAGGUAUUUUGGAGCAUUAUAGCCAUGGAAAAGGAGGAGCGCGCCUUUAUCAUUGCCACAUACAGCAUUGAUGAGACCGAGGCCGUUGCCGACCGGAUUGGCAUCCUUAGCAUGGGUGUCUUGGAAGCCAGCGGAACUCCUUUCUUUCUACGUGCUAAGUUUAGUAGCUGCGUUGAGCUGGUGCUUAUCAAGAAACCACACGUGCCGGAUGCACCUAUCACAGACUUUAUUGCCCUGUAUAUACCGUCAAUUGAGCCCGAGAAUGAAAUCGGCGAUACCUUGACAUACAAGAUAGAAUCUGAACAUAGACCGGGAUUGCAGAGGAUGCUAAUACAUUUGGAGGCCGAACGCAAGAAGCUGGGCAUUGAGAAUAUACGAGUUGUGGGCUCCGAGAUGUCCGACAUAUACAUGAAGCUGGUCACAUCGUUUCGCCUGCAGCAACAGUUCAUACCCGACGUCACGCAAACCUUUAAAUAUGCCGUCGUAUCGAAGAAGCAAUUGCGAAGACAGCAAAUGCGCGCCAUGUUCUAUAAGAAAAUGAUCCAUUCGGCCCCGAACGUAUGGCCCGUUAUAAUGAUAUUUACUUGUUUUAUAUUGAUUGUGAUUAUAACGCGCCUGGCCAUGGUGUUGGAUGUUCCAAAUGCGAGAAGCAAUACGAUACCGAUUGGCUUUAUAGGCGAAGAGCAGUAUUUGAGAAACAUACCAGAUAUCAGGGAGUGCGGCUACAUUGACAUCAGAUCGGUGGGCAAGAUACCUACGUAUAAGAAGGCGAACGCGAUAUCGCGUACCUUUGAUGCGAACUCGUUUGCCUGCGAGAAGGGUAAAUAUAGAGAUGAUCUGGCCAAGAAAGGCAAACAGACCAGCCUGGGUGCCGUUGAGCAAAAUGGUGAACAGGACAUAAACGGUUACAUUAGCCAGGAUACAUUCCAUUCAGCGCCCAUGAUGCUUAAUCUACUGCACAACAUUAUAAUACAAUUAUCGUAUACGAAUAUGACAGACUUUAGGACCCUGGUAGAAAGCCAUCCGAUGCCCACGCCAUUAUCCAUGAAGAUCAAUCUGCUGGACAAUGAGAUAGCCCACAUCAAUGCACCACUGGCCAUUGGCUGUAUUCUGCCGUUGGUCGUAUCGGUUUUCAUCAUACCCCUGGUCGAGGAACAGAUAAGCCAGAUGCGCAUACUCCAGGUGAUCGCGGGCCUGGGGUUGCAGGUCUUCUGGGGUGUCAGCCUGCUUUGGGAUUUUUUCACAUACUUUAUCUAUUCGGUUAUUAUUGUGAUCAUUGUGGCCUGCACUAACAUUGGUGACUUUGGUAUCUAUGAGAACCUGCUCCUUCUACUGCUCAUCACCGUCUACGGCCUGGCCGCCCUGCCUAUCACCUAUGUGCUAUCCAUGUAUGUGAACAGGUCAAUUGUGCGCGCAUUUCUUGCCUCUGUUGUCUUUCAAAGUCUCACGGGACUUGUGCUCUACAUUGUUUACUGGGACGUUGCCAAUAGCAAUGUCAUAUUCUUCUAUGGUGCCUGCAUGUCGCCCGGGUUUGCCCUUCUCGAUGGGAUUAGCAACAUCUAUAUACGCUGCCUGGAGAAGCGUUUGUGUCUGACCAAGUGCGAUGCACUUGAAAGUUGCACACCUCAAAAUAUGCAUGAGCUGGUGCCCCGCUGUGAUUUUGACACUUACUUCAAAUGGGCCGAUCCUGGCAUUUUACCGGCCUUAACUUUCAUGAUGCUAGCGGCACUGAUUGCACUACUCCUAAUAUUCUGGAUCGAGUUGCAUCGCAAGGAAAAGAAGUUUCAUACCUCAAAAAAACUACUUGACAUGCGCACCGCUACCUAUCAUUUCGAUGAUAGCGAUGUGGCCGAUGUGAAGCAGAAGAUUGCCGAUGCGGACAUGAGUAAAUGCAAGCAAUCGGUGUUUCUGGUCGAUCAGGUUGAGGGCAAGAUACCGGUCAAGGGCAACAAGGUCAAUACGGUAUCGUUUGCGCUAAACAAAUAUAUGAGCAUGGGCAUUUUUGGGCCCCGCAACUCGGGUAAAAGUCAUCUAAUACGGCAGCUGGUGGGCGUAGAUGGAUUUGCCUUUGGCGAGAUCUAUGUAAGGGGCCUGGACUUCAAGUACGAUCUGGACACCAUACAGGGCUAUGUCGGCUACUGUCCUCAGCAUAGUGGCUUGCUCGACGACCUAACGCCACGCGAGCAUAUCCGGCUCUUGUGCAUGAUACGGGGCGUGACGGAGCACAAGAUUAGUGAGAAAAUGCAUGAUAUUUGCCUUAUGCUCAACAUGACCGGCUGGAUGCAUCGCAAAUGCGGCUCCCUGACACCGGAGAAGCGCCGCAAGGUGAACGUUGCACUCUCGCUGGUCGCCUACAAUAAGAUAUUCAUACUAGAUGAGCCCACCUGCGGCAUGCCGUCGACUACUCGUCGCGAAAUCUGGAACAUAUUGCGCUACUUACGCUACUGCGGCAAGACAAUUAUAUUUUCGACAAACGAUGAGCUGGAGUGCAAGGUGCUUGCCGACUUUAUAAUACUAUUCCAGGACAGUGAAAUGCUCGCAAUUGGCAGCAUGCAGUACCUGCGCUACAAGUACAGCCACGGUUUCUAUCUGGAGGUGCGGCUUGUACGUGAUGGAGCCACCGUACAGGAGUCGGAGGCCAACCUGCGCAAGGAUGUUGACAAUUUGGCGCGAUUCAUUAACUUUCUACAUGAUAAAUCGGAAUUGGUCGGCCGUUUGCAUAACUGGUUCAAGUAUUAUAUACCUGUGGGCCACAUAGUCUACUCGUUUCUUUAUGGCGCCAUGGAGAAGAACAAGGUGCGCCUAAAUGUGAACGACUAUUGCAUCUAUCAGGCGAACAUGAAUGUUGUCAUUGCCCAGGUGCAGGAAACGCGGGCCGCACUGAAGCGUGGCUUGUCGGAAACGGACACGCCAGUAAAUGAGACUGCAGAGAGAACAGAUAGAGGUUACUCAGGUCCACUACACUAUACUCGCUAACGAAGCGGCAUGAGCAUAUUUAUUUUAUAUCCUUUUCUACGUCAAACUAGCUACGCAUGACUGUAAGCUGAUGUUUUGUAAAUAUAAAUUGAGGGUUUUGGGUUGUGAGCAGCACCCGGAACUUCGGUUUACCGUGGCAAGUUGGUACGAACCAAUGCCUCGACAUUAUGUUUGGUUUCCGGAUCGGGUGCUUCACAUCUGUGAACCCAGCG